AUCUUGAACAUGUUCAGAAGGGUAUUUGGAAUAUCUAAUAGAUACAAUCCUACUCGUCUACGAUAUUUAAGAGAGUAUGUAUGUUUAAGAGAGGCUACUAAUCCAUCAGCUUAACAAACUUAAAAUGCUUAAUUACAAUAAGUGGCUAAUAAAUAUGGAUUAUCACUUCCUCAAUUAACAACUUUAUCUGGAAUAUUUUAAUUAAGUCAAUUACUUAGACCUUAAAAUUUCCCAAAUCCUAAUGAUUAUAAAGUAAAAUCUAUUUUCUAUAUUUAUUAGAUUCAUGCUGAAAAAUUAGAUUUGAUGUUCAGACAAACUUAAUAAAGUUAAGAAUCUCUUGCUCAAUUUGCAACAUCCCUUGAAUAUAAAAUUCCAGAAAUUUCUAAACUCACUAAUGAAGCAAGAAAAUAAGCAGCCUAAGAAUUGUUUAACAUUUAUUUAGAAGGAAUACAUUAUGAUAAUUUAGUCUCACCGUAGAGAUUAUAUAAUAUUUUAGAGGCUACGUUUAAUAAUUGGAAUCUAUUUACAGACAAAGAACAACAACAGCCAUCAAAAAAAUUUAGGCGGAAGUUAAAGAUCCAUAAUUAGCAGCCUAAUUAUCUUAAUCCCUUGAAUCCAUCUUUGAAAAUUACUAAUUUAAUCAAGGAAGGUAUUAAUAUUUUCUAUUCUAUUUUAAGAUAUGUUGGUUUGAUUAAAUCAUUUGUAGAUUCUCUUCAAGGAACUGAUGUUGAAGUAGCCCAAAAAUUAGAUUAACAAACACAAGAAAAAUAAUUAUUUAUUUAAACUGUUGAUAGAGCAACAAAAUAAUUCUCUGCUGAAGAUUAAGAAUAUGCAAGAAAUGUUGAUGGACAUGAUUACAAAUUAUUCUUAUAAGAAUUAUAUGAGAAAGAAUAUCAAUCUGGAUUUGCAUAAAAUAGAUUUAAUGAAAAAGGAUAAAAAUUGGUUUAUGAAUCUCAAGCAUAAGAACAUCAUGUUUUAAGAUACUAAUUAUUAGCAGGAGUGUUUGCUGGUUAUUUCCUCUAUUUAUUCUACAGAGGUGAUGCUUAUUAUUCAACUAUUUUAACUGUUCCAGUAGUUGCAGCAGCAUUCUUCUAUUUAGCUAAAUAAGGAUAAGUAUAAAUAUUCUUGAUUGAUUCUAGGCUAAAAGAGGAAUUCCAUUUAUUAGAUAAGUGCUCAAAAAUACAGACAACUCAUUUGAAGUUGUUUUUGAAUAGAAUCGUAUCAUUAGCAGAAUAGAAAAUGUUCAACCAAGUUAAAUAAAGUAAUUAACUAAUUGUUAUUAUUUAAGACUUGCUCAAGAUACUUAAUUUGCAAAUACCUUAAUCUAUGGCAAUCCAACAGAUUUUGGAUAUCAUAUCAAAGUUGCUGAUAAUUCAUUUAUUGCACCAUACUUAUACAGUGGAAAUGGUUUAGAUUUCAGAGCAUUUAUAAAUGUUUGAUUCAAUAAUAUAAAUCACAAUAAAAACAAAAC